UUCAUACUUGAGAGAGAGAGAGAGAGAGAGAGACGUGGUGAGCAAAAGGCUGAGUACACACACGACAGCUGACCCUUUCUCAGUUUCUUGAUCUUUCCUCCUCUUACAUUUUCCACUUUCGAGCCUUUGAAAAGAUCAAAUUGAAUUUUGAGUUCCUAAAUAUAACCCUGUUCGUUUCUACUCAGUUUCUUGGGUUAAUCUUGGUUUUUGAAUUAAGAAUCAAGAUCAAUAGUUUUCUGGGUUUGCAUUCAAGAGAUUCAAGGGUUUACAAGCUUUCUCCAAGGCCUAGGUUUAAUCUUUUCGCCAAGUUUUCAAUUGUUUAAAAUGCUUCUUCUUCUUCUUUUCUUCCCGGAUUUUUGUGGGUAAAAUAUUUCCUCAUUGGUUGCUCGGCGAGAUAGCAUUGUUAGAAUAGUUAGAUUAGCACCUCGGAGGAGUUGAAAUCCUAACCUCCAUACUCUUAGCACCUAAGUGCACCCCUGAGGUCGUUUGGGCCAAAGUCCUCUUGGCGAAGUAGCUAUUGAUUUUGGCGGUUGUUUGGGAUCGAGUUGAUCGUUAUGCCCGUAAGGACAACUUUAUUUUUGAAUUGAGACUUCAGAACGCGCAGCUGCCCUUUAGGGGAGGACAAAGAGAGUCCUAGAAGAUGGGAAAUAACUGCGUUGGAUCCAGGCUUUCGAAAGACUGCUGCUUUGUGGCGAUUUCACAAACAUUUUGGUCGCGGUCACCUGAUCUGAUAUUUUAUUUUACGAACGAAAUAUUUGGCAUUGAGGCGCCUUCAGCAGCUACAGACCCAUAUGCUCCUACCCCCAUCCUAAACAAGCCCCCAGAAUUGGUGCUGAUAGUCAAAGAAGAUCGACCAGCGCACAGUAUUGCGCUGGAGCCGUUGGUGAUAGUGAAGGAAGAGACCAAACCAUCACAACCCAUUAGACAAGAAAGCUCGACGAUAGUUAUAAAGGAAGAGCCUAAACGGGUGGAGCCUGCGAAACCCAGAAAGCCACACAAUGUCAAGAAGGUGUCAAGUGCAGGGCUACAGGCAGAUUCCGUUUUGAGAACAAGAGCCGGUCAUUUGAAGGAGUACUACAAUCUGGGGAGGAAAUUAGGACAUGGGCAAUAUGGGACGACUUUUCUGUGCGUGGAAAAGGCGACAGGAAAGGAAUAUGCUUGCAAAUCCAUCGCGAAGAGGAGGUUGGUGACGGAGGUCGAUGUGGAGGAUGUGAGGAGGGAAAUAGAGAUCAUGCACCACUUGUCCGGAGUCUCUAACGUGAUUUCGAUCAAAGGGGCGUACGAGGAUGCUGUGGCGGUUCAUGUGGUGAUGGAGUUGUGUACGGGCGGUGAGCUGUACGAUAGGAUUGCUAAGAGGGGGCACUACUCGGAGAGAAAGGCGGCCAAGCUUGCAAGGACUAUUGUUGGUGUGAUCAAAGCGUUUCAUUCAAUGGGAGUCAUGCAUCGCGACCUUAAGCCCGAGAAUUUCCUUUUUGUCAAUGAGCAGGAGGAUUCGCCUCUUAGGACAAUAGACUUUGGGCUAUCAGUAUUUUUCAAGCCAGGCGAAAUUUUCACUGAUGUGGUUGGCAGCCCAUUUUAUGUUGCACCUGAAGUUCUGGGCCAGUGUUAUGGUCCAGAAGCAGAUGUUUGGAGCGCCGGCGUGGUCAUCUACAUUCUCCUAUGUGGGGUGCCGCCAUUUUGGGCAGAAACUGAGCAAGAUAUAUUCGAAAAGGUUUUGCAUGGUGAUCUCGACUUAUCAUCAGGUCCAUGGCCUAAUAUUUCUCAAAGCGCGAAAGAUCUAGUCAGGAAAAUGCUUGUGAGAGACCCUAGAAAGCGGCUAACUGCGCAUGAAGUUCUAUGCCAUCCUUGGAUUCAGGAGGAUGUAGUAGCGCCUGACAAGCCUCUCGACCCUGUUGUCUUAAGUCGAUUGACACAGGUUUCUGCCAUGAACAAGCUUGAGAAAAUGGCUCUUCGAGUCAUUGCCGGGUGUUUAUGUGAGGAAGAAAUCGCCGGCCUGAAGGAAAUGUUCAAAGCGAUAGACACGGACAACAGUGGUCAAAUUACUUUUGAAGAACUCAAGGCUGGACUGAAAAGAUACGGUGCUAAUCUCAACGAGUCCGAGAUCUAUGAUCUGAUGCAGGCUGCAGAUUUAGAUAACAUAGACUACGGGGAGUUCAUAGCUGCAACAUUGUAUCUUACCGAAAUUCAGAGGGUAGAUAAUCUUUUUGCUGCCUUUUCUUACUUUGACAAAGACGGCAGUGGUUACAUCACCCAAGAUGAGUUUCAACAAGCUUGCGAGGAGUUUGGAAUCGUGGAUUUCCGUUUGGAAGAAAUAAUCCAAGAAGUUGACCAAAACAAUGAUGGCUGCAUAGAUUACAUUGAGUUUGUUGCCAUGAUGCAAAGAGGAAACGCUGCUCUCGGUACCAAGCGUCUGCAGCAUGCAGGUUUUAGCCCUGGUUUUAGAGAGGCAUUACCUGUUUUCUGACACUGAUUAUAUCUUGUUGUGCUCCUUGCAUCUUCAUUAGAUUAUUUCUUCUUCUUUGUAUGGGCCAUACCCAUCUGUAUAUUUGGUGGUGCUGUAUCUAUUUGGAACAUCAGAGAGAAUGGAUGAUCCAAUUUUGUGGUACAUUUAUAGGAAGCAGUCCAUUUUUUGUUUAUAAGAAUUUGAAAUUUU